AUGCUGACGGACUGCCAUGACGGUGUAAGCAAACUGCCUAGCAUAGAUCCGUGGCUCACCUAUGUGGGUGAAUCACCUUUCUUCAUGCAAUACAUGCGCACUCUUCGGAUCAAGAUGUUCCUACUCCUGGAUCGGGAUGCUGCGCGGCUUGCCAAAGCCUUGAAGGGAGCCGCUGCGCUGAAGGAGCUGGAGAUCAUCACUCCCCAAAGCAGAGAGAACAAUCAGAUGGCCCUCAGGAAGACGUUUCGCAGCUGUCGCCUUCCGACAUUGAGAUCUUUGGUCGUCUCCGCAGGCCUUGAAGACUUUGUUGGUUUCCUCGAUGUAUCCGACUCACUCGAGAUCUGGAAUGAGGCCGGCUAUUCAUGCCUCUCGACAGACAUGCUGCAGACAUUUGUCAUCGAAGGACAUCUUCGGACCAUCACUCAGCUCUGGCUUGGUGAGACGACGCCGUGGUCUCCACUGCUGUUACAAACCCUCAGCAAGCACCUGCCUCACUUGAAAGUACUUGGGGUGGUGUGUGGAGGACCACCUGGAUACUCGUACGAGGCUUUAUUCCAGCAGUCGGACCUGUUCCCUCUGUUAGAGCGGCUCAUACUCUCACCUGUCAACGAGAUUGGGUUACGCCGUUACCCUCAAAGUUGUUCGAAUGGCUGCAACAAGCCCGACGAGCGACUCAGGAAGAAGAAAUUUUGCUAUGAUUGCCUUCCUGGCGCAGUCGACUACGCAGGUCAGGUGGCGUUCUAUGCCCUUCCAAGGUUGCGAACAGUAGAGUUUCAGAAACAAGGCAGGCUUACCCAAGUCCACCAUGACACCGGAGACCUGAGACGCGUGGACAUAGACGUCAGAUACCAGGAGAAGGCCACACUGGCUCGACUGCAUUGCUCCCGAGACCACAAUGGCAGCGUCUCAGCGACGAGUGCGGAGCCGGCAGACCGUCCAGUCGUGCAAGGUCAGAGGGUCUACAAUCUCUUUCAGAUCGAACGAGCUCGAUCAAGAGAUUGA